CGCUCAGAACGAGUGCCUAGGAGACGGACCGCCCGUCCCUUUUCGGAUUUCCCCUCCACGCGCGCCGCAGUGUCGAUAACGAAACGGCCUUAGCAGAUUAAAUGUUGUUGUUUCCCGUUCGCCUUGCGCCGUCCACUGUUAUCGCCGGGAUAACAACAAUAAUAGGUAUACAAAAACGGUAGCUGUUUAACAGUUCGUACCUACCAACUACGACCUACCUAAUACCCGUAAUAACGCUGUUGCGUUGCCCCCCGCGAUUCCGUUUUGUUCGGCGACUUUCCAUUCCGUUCCGUCAAACUACUCGGGUGCCGUCGCCGUCCAUUCCACACGCAAUAACGCUGUUAUAGGAGGCCCCUCACUCUUCGGCGUACACGACCGCACAGUUGUCGAUCGUCCGUUCGUCCGUUCGCGUUCCCCGUCCGGAUAUUAUGUGCCGGUCUCUCGCGGUGCACAAUUCGAUAUUAUAACACACGAAUAUUACAGGUGACCCAUCCGUCUAUACGAUUUCGCAUCGAACAUGGCCAAGUUCGUUUUGCCGUCGAUACUCGUCUGUUUGGGUGAGUCGGCUACGUUAUGAUGCGUCCGUUUUAUUUUACACACUGUUACGUAUCACGUAUUUAUACCUGUACCUUGAUAACUUCCAGUCAUUUCCAACAACGUGAACUGGGGCGUCAGCGGUAUUGAAGGGGAUACCGAUUUGAACAGUUUAAAAGACACAGUAAAAGAAAAGAUCGAUUCAAUCGCCGAUUUCGAUCAGUUCAAAGAUACCAUACCGAUAGACGAAGGCGAACGAAUAAUGAAAGAAAAAUGUGAAAAAAAUAACCCAAAUAAUAAUAACACGUACAACGAGACUUUGGUAAGCCUUUAAAAUAUUGGUUACCGACAUUUCAUUCGCUUUAUAUUUAGCCGGAUUAGAUAUGUAGUUUUAAAAAUGAAAAAAACUUUUAGAAUUAGGUACCUAAUAGCAAUAACUUAUAACGGUUGGGUAUUGACCGAAGCAGAUCAUGCGUAGGUACUAGGUGUCUAUGGUUUGCAAUGAGCCGCUCAUACACUACGAUUAGUUUUUAUAAUCAUGACAUUGGUCAAAACAGUAAUGCAUUAGCAAAAACCGACAAUGAAACAGUUUUUAUAUCCGUCGAAUCUUGUUUAUAAACGCUAGGAUUUUGUUUUGAUGAUGAAACCCGUUGUAUUUUAUCCUGGUGUUUGGAAGGUCUACGAUGAGUAGGCGCUAUUGUAAUUUAUAAAUAUAAUGCACACAUUACCUACUGUAUUACCUUCUUUUCAGCUUCUGUACUACUUUUUUUGUGCAUAAUUAAUUUGUAAAUACAUAGUAUCUUACAAAAAUGUAAAAAGGAUAAUACCCAUUUUAAUACCUACAUUAAAUAAUUAAAUUAUAGUAGGUGUCUAUCUAUACUGUAUCGGGUACUGAUCAAGUGACCUAACUAUAUUAAAAUAAAUUCUAUGUUCAUAAAUCUUUAAGCGCACGUUUAUUAUUAUUGUUGUUUUCUUAGGUACCUGUACCCAGUUUUUUUUUAUUUAUUUAUACAAUUACUAAUAUCAAUUCUGUUAUUACUUAAAAUAAAUAAAAAUGUACCUAAAACAAAGUUUAUAACACACAAAUUUUUGUAGCUCCGAACAAAAACAACUAAUGGGAACAUUUAAUAUUUUUAAAUAGUUAAUAAAUACAUGUGUGUAGGUACCUGAAUCUGUAUUGUUGCCUUGAAGUUAAAUUUUUUCUUCAUAUAUUUAAUUGAAUCUAAUUAUUUCAUUGGCCAAAUACAUGAACGUCAUAAACAUUCAAACUAUUUCAAAAGCUUCAAAAUAUAUUGAAUACUUACUCUUGUUAUUGGUCAACAUUGUCAUUUGUAUUAGGUAUAUUUAGGUAUAACUAUUAAAUAGAAAUGCAUAUGCCUACAGUUUUGAAUGCAGAUACUUAUUUAUUACUGUUUAUGGACAGUAUGUUAGUUGUUUAAUCGCGCGUAGUUUUACAAAUUUUAAUUAAAUUACUGAUCCUGUAAUUUAUAUUCCUAUCGUAGUACUCAUUUUGUAAACAUUAGAUAAAUUAACAAAAGGUUCGUAAUUAACAUCAUUGUUUCAUUGUCAGACAAUUGAUAACAUAAUAUGGGCUGAUAAUUAUUGCAGUUUCCACUUGGAGCAGCACUAGUUCAAUUGCGAUACUACCAUGAUAGACCUAUAAACCUUUAUAGUUCAAUGAAUAAUACUCAUUGUCUUAAAUUACAUUUUACACACGAGCCCCGAAUUGCCAUAGAUCCGAUGUUUAGUUUUUUUUUUUAAUAGUGCGGUCAUCAUAGAUAUUAAAGAAUGGACAAGCCUUCAUUUAUGCUUAUCAUACGGGAACGGACACGAAAAUAAUCAUUUUAGAGGUCUUAACAUAAAUAGAUAACAGUAUUAGGACUUAGGAGAUGAUUAUUCAUUUGUCAAAACCGUAGAUAUUAAAUAGUAUAAGACUGUUUUAUUAUGAAUUCAAUUAGGAGUAAAUAAGUCAAAUAAUUAAAUUAAUAAUAACAAUAUAAUUUAAUAAUUUUUUUAAGUUUUAUCAUCUCCAAUAUUUACAUAUUGCAAUAUAUAAUAAUCACAGUGGUUAUCUUGUAAUAAUUUUUCGGCCACAGUAAGAGGCACUGAUAAAAACAAUCUGUCUUCACAUUCGACUACAUUUCCCUCUAUUCUGUUGGUACAGUCAUGGCCUAUCCAUUCUCUAAUGUCUAUGGUCGUUCGAAGAACAUAUAUUAUUUGUUAUAUAACCGUGUACCUAUAGUUACUACCUUAUCAUUAGGUAGCUAUUCAUACUUUCAUCAAACUUCGGUACCUACUCUAGCCGAUAAUUAUUAAAUGUUCGUAUUAUUUUGUUUACUUUUAUAUGCUUGUAUUAUACAGUAUGUCUUACUACUAAUAUUUAAAAUUGAAAUUAAUGUUACAUACAAUUUAACGUCUGUAACAACCCUGACUUAUCGUCGGCGUAGUUAUGCUAUAAAUUCAUAAGCCACGUAUUCUCACACAGGAAAUACAACAUUACUAUAUCAUAAUAUGACGUAUAAUCGAAUAUAAUUUGUAAACCUUAUAAUUUUUUAUCAAACCUAUCUGAAACAAAUUGGUAUUAUACCUAAACGUUUGGAAGUUUAAAUUUAUUAAAAAAUGUUUACCCAAACUCGCUCAGAAUUGGUUUUUGUUUAAUGAUUUACUAUUGCAUACAGUAUACAAACAUUAACUAAAACUAUCCUACUUAUAAAUUUCUAAUCUUCCAAACUUCACACCAACAACAAUAAUCUACCUUACAACAGUGGCUGUGAUUUUUUUUAUAGUUGGGGCCAUCUUGUCGGUAACAUCAAUUUGAAAGGUUGUUAGUACUCAGCUGCACUUCAGUAUUACCUAAAUUAUAGUUUAGUAAACUCAUUAAAUGUAAUGAAUACAAAUCCUGUAUAGAAUAAUUUUAUUUUUUAUUCAAAUUAAUGAGUAAACAAAUAUUCAAAAUAUGUAUCUGCAUAUUUUAUACAACACUGAUAAGUUCCUACUAAGUACCCGUAUUGCAUGUGAUUCUGAAUAAGUUACAAUUUUAUGAGUCUUGUGACAUUUUCUAUGUUAAUUCAUUGAAAAAAUCUUAUUUUUUUACAUUUCUGUCAACCCUUUUAACUUUGGGUGAAGGAAAGGAUUGUCAUUUGUGUGAGGGUGUGGCGCAACCUUUGAAUAGUGCUCUACUACUCUUCAGUCUUCCCUACCCAAACUUAAACUAUUAUUAUUAUUUACCAGUAAAUACUAAACACCCUAUUGUAAUAAACGUGGUAAAUAUGUGUUAUAAAUGAAAGACUUAAGAAAAAAACUGCAGUUAAAAAUAUGUUUUUUGCAAAGAAAUUGCAUUUAAUUUUAUCAUUCUUAAGUCUUUUUUUUUUUUAUUAUUUAUUAUCACUUAAGCUUAUUGUUCUAAUAGAAGCGGAAAGCGUAAUAUAGAAUUUUGUUAAAAAAAAAAAAAUUUUAUCAUUCUAAUCUAUCUUAUUUCAUAAUAUGUAUGUCACAAAAAUACAUUAUAUUUGGUAUAAUAUAUUUUUUUUACCGUAGUUUUUGUUUGAAUUUCAUGAAAUUCUAAUAAUUAGUUAAUAAAAAAAUGGCGAUGUAUAUAUUGAAGUAUGUAACAGGUUUUCUAAUAACCUUGAUGAUUUUUAACAAUUUUUUAUGUGAAGUCAAAUUAUUUGUGACCUUCAAUCACAUAAAUAACAUUCACACAUAUUAUGUCUAUGUCCAAGCUCUUAUUAUAGUUUAUCCAAUGAUCAUGCUGUAACAAAAUUAUUACUGCUGGAGUACAUUUUAAACACUAGUUGGGUGAGUACUUCAGUACUUGGGAAAUUUCAAUGCAUGUUUAUUAUAAUAUUGUAUAGUUAUACUAUUUUAAAAUUGUUUUUAAAUAUUCAUCCCAGUAGGUUUAAUAAUGACCUUACUUUAAGUAGGACCUUACUUUAUAAACAUAGAUCAGUGACUAAUCAAUUUAUUGUUUCAUAGUACCUAGUUUAAUUUAUGUGUAGGUAUCUAGGUAUAUUUAAUUUAAAAUGCAUAAAUUCCGAGAAAAGUAACAACUCAUUUUAUUACUAUCCUUUAGAAAUGUAUGUUUUCAUUACUUUAAUACUAGGUAGGUCACAAUGUAAUUUUUUUUUUUAGUUACAAUAAUUUAUUAUUUUUAAAAACUUUUAAACAAUGAAUUAAUAGUUUUUGCUCUUCUAGCUUAUCCAAAGUCUGAAGUAUGUUCAGUGUUCACAUAUUUUAGCAUUAUAAAUAAUAAAAUGUGCUUCCUAUUUUUGAAUUUUUCUUUAAAUAUAUUACAUUUGUUUAGUCUUAGUGCUCUGUUUACCUUGAUACCUACUUAAACAUUUUAAUGAUAAUAAUUACUUAACAGUAAUAUAUCAAAAAAAUGUUUGAUGUAUGGCAUGGGUAGUAUUUCUUAUGUAUAAUAAAUUACCUACAGUAAAAUAAUCUUUAACCUGUAUGGCCCAUAUAAUCAAUAACCUUUUUGAUUCAUCACUAUAGUUACUCAUUCUAAUAUAACCAUGUGGUAAUCAUGAAACACAAAAUAGAACAAACUGUUUUUUAUUAUUGUGGUAUUUGUUUUUUACUAAACUUUUUUAAAAACUAAUUUUUUGUACUUAUUCAUUGAUAUUAAUAUAUUAUAUUAUUAUUGUACACAUGAGUAUUAUUACACAAUGAACACUAAUUUAGACACAAAUACAAAUAGGCAUCUAUAAUAUAUUACAAGUAUAUUAAGGGAAUGUAUUUUUAUAUAUUACUUUCUAUUACCAAUUCAAUUAUUUCAAAUUAAUCUUAAUAUUUUUUAUAUUGACCAUCACCCUGCAAAUCUCCCUAUCCAUCUAUUUAUUUACUCAAUGUGUUCUAAUAUCUCUUCUAAUAUUUAACUCUUUAUUUAACCUUUAGCUACCACUAUGCCAGCUAUUACUUAACUCACAAUCACAUUGAAUUAAUCUAAAUAUUCAUCUAAAUAGAUAUGGUGCAUUUUGGAUUAUGUAAUACCUAAUCAGUUCUAGACAUUUUUGAUCAUUUCUACAAGAAAUAUGGUUAAAAAUAAUUAAAUAUAAUGUAAAUAUGUAAAACAUUCAUUAUAACUGACAUGUUAAUUUAAUUUGUGUGUAAUUCAUACAUGGAGUCCAUUAUAAUAUGUACCAAUAUAUUAUUAUUGUGGUCUUUGUAGUUUGUACAUUGGUCGGUACACGUACAAUUUUUUAUUUGGUGGAAUAUGCAGCAUAUUCUUGCAAUUAUAAUUUUAUGUUGUUCAAUUUUAGUUUUAUUUAAAUUUAUAUUACUUCAGAUUUCUGUAAUUUAACAUUGUGUAAUUUAUUAAACAUAUUCAAUGUAAACAAUGUUGAAAUAUAUACUCUUGAAUUAUGUUAAUAAUAAGACCAUAAUGCAAGGUUCUAAGAAGAAUACGUUAUAUUAUAAAAUACAAAUAAAAGUACAUUAUAAACCCCUUAUUUUGAUACAUACAAUACUUGAUGUUUACCUCCACAUUAACUUUCAUCAAUUAUACAUAUUAUAAUACCUACUACAAGGAUUGUAUAUUUUUAUCACUGAUGUUUUAAAUUUCUAUUUUUUUUUUUUCAUGAUUCUUGUAUGCUUUGUCUUACACAAAUACCUAGUUUAUCAUUUAUAAUUAUACUUGCUAAUAAUUAUUUAAUUUACUUAGUUACCUAGGUACCUAUUUUUCCAAAUCUUUUCUUUUUACUUAAUACCUACAUAGAAAUUAUUUUUGAUUUAAUAGUAAGAAAAAUACAAUUGAAAACUGCUGUAAGCAUAUAAAUUACAUUUUAUUUAUCUAAACAAAAUAAUAACUUAUGACAAAAAUAUUAAUCUUUCAAUCAUAUUUAAGAAAAAACGAUUCAAAUAAAAGUUUGGUUAUACAUUACAUUUUGAAAGACUGUAAUACUUACGAUUUUCAUCAAAAUUUGAUUUUAAAUCAAAGAUAAAAUAAAUAAAAAAUACCACAUUACACUAAAUUUUUUUUCAACCAUUAAGUACAACUUAUAAUUAAGCUUCUGUUAAAUCUCAAGCAUUUCUGUUUAGUUUAAAAAUUGUAUCCACAGAUCACCCAUAGAAGAAAAAUUAGAUAAAAAACAAGCAAAAUUAAAAUUAAAAUGCCUAUAAAUAGCUUAAAAGUGGCUCAAAUAUUUUGAACAUUUUACCAAAAUUAAAAAAAAGUAAAUAUAAGUUAUCUGUCAAAAUUUUAAGUUUACUUAUAUUUUUAACUGAAAAACCUACAUUAAAAAAAUUUAAUUUAAUAUAAUAUAUUUGCCGUUUACUUAUAAAUUUCUUUCAGGUUUUUUAAAAUUAUUUUGAAACCCUCUUAGAAAUUCAAAACUGACUUCUCUAAUGCUAAUUAGACAAAAUUUUCUUUUAGAAUAGGUACUAUACUUUGUGGAGCCAUGGUUCACAACCUGUGUGUGCAACACACUAGCGUGUUGCCAAAAACAAUUGUUUAUUCAUGGUUCUAGGAAAUUGGCAUUACGCAUAGGUACAUAAAUAAGCACGUCCUCAGUCAUAAUCACCGAGUUGUGACUUGUGAGUGUUGUAUGUUAAAAAAAUGGUUGAGAACCACUGCUAUAUAGUAUAGGUACUUUUGAGCAAAAUUGUCGGUAGACAAGUUGUUUACAAGUACAAAAAUUAAAAAUACACAUCACAGUAAAACCAAUAGAUCCCUCGCUACGCUCCGAAUCUAAAAUAGUUAAUUAUAAGUGCUAUUUGUGAUGAACAGGGACAGUGGACAGCAACUAGGUCAACUAGGGCCCCAGUGUCAUUUGUAAUGAAGGGGCCCUAAUUUAAGUUUUUUACAUUUAUAUUUGUGAACAAAAUUUGUGGUAGUAGACAAAUUGUCGAUUGGAAAAAACGAGGUAAUAUUAACAAAUGUCUAAGUUUUUGUAAAUAAAAUUAAGAAAACCCAAUAAUGAUGGACAUGACACACAUUUUCAUUACUAUACAUAUUUUUGUAACUCACCCAAUGCCUAGUCUCAUUAAACCUUUGAAUAGAUUAACUAAAUACAUGUAAACAUAAUAUAUUAAUACUUAUAACAAUACAACAGUAAUUUAGUUAUUUGUAUACAAUAUAUUUUGUACACGUAUUAAAAUUUAAAUAAUUACAUACUUAUAACCCGAGAAAGUUUUUUUUUUUUCUAGUUUUGGAAUUUGCAAUUGUAAAAAUAAUUUUUUUCCAAAUCUAGUUUAUUAGCUACAUCUUUUUUUAUAUUUAAAAUAUCAAUAUUAGAAAAGCGAUCUUGACCCUAUUCCUUAAAUAGUUUUUGAUUAAUUUUAAUUUUGAGAAUGACCUUUCUGCUGUUGCUACUGUCACAGGUAGUGAAAUUUAAAUUAUAUAUGCAGAUAUUACACCGCAGUAGGUAUGUUGUACAGAAAUCAUUUUUAAUUAUUAAUAAGGAGGUCUUUGAUUGUUUGAAUUUUUGUGUUUUAUAAUCCUCUUAAACACAAUAAUUGUCGGGUGAAAUCUGCAGAAAUGCCAUCACUAUGCAAAGAAAAAAGUUCAUUGAAGCCCUAGGCCCGGCGCCCAUCAAAGCAGUGCGGGCUGCGGCGCGGUUUCGGUGCGCAUGUAGUGCGCCGCUCGAACUAGUCGUUGGCGGUUUUUUUUUGGCGCCGCAUACGCAGUGAAACUAUUUAUAUUGUUAUUAUUAUUUGGUACUAAAAUAUUCUAAAAUCUCAUAUAAUGUAAAAAUAUAAUAAUAAAAAAGAACGGACAUAUUUCGUACGUGGGCGUAGCCCCUAUUGUAGGCGGGGAUUUGGAAAGAUAGGAUACAGACGGGAAUUUAAUAUAUAUCUGUAAACAACGAUAAACCAUUUCUAACGAAAAAACGAUUCUGAACGGAGUUUAGUUGAUAGUGUUGUUUUGUCAACAAUACAACAUAUGGUAUACAUCAUAUUAUGGUAAAAUGAUAACAACAAUGUGUUUUUACAUGACAACAAUGAUUGUUUAAAAAAAUUAAAACGAUAAAAACUUAAUAAUAACAAAAAUAAAUAAACAACGAUUGCCAACGACAACCUUAGUUUUUAUCUUUCAAUCAUUUUUAAUCUAAAGACCUAGGUUUUCCUCAUUAUUUCGAAUAUUAAUGAGAAUUUCAAAAAAUGACCUCUUUAAAGUAUCACCCAGAGAACGUUUCCUUUCAGAAAAGAUGCUUUACUUGAUAAUCGGAGUAUGCUUUCUGGUAUAAAGUGUUCACAUAAAAAAACACGGUAAUGAAAACAUGAAGGUUAUAUGCGUAUGUUAAAUGUGCAAGAUGUGAUUAGAAUUAAACGUUAUUUCGAACAUUCAAUCCUUUGAUUGAACUGAAUGAAAAAUGAUGUUUAAAAUAGGUAUAUCCUUUAUCAAUACAAUAUAAAUAUAUAUAAUUAUAUUUUAAUCAGUUUAAAUUUAAAUUGCACAAUAAAUUAUCAAAUGCCAUGAAAGUAAUAUGGUUUGGUAGAGAAAUAACAUAUGUAUUUGUUUGUUUGAUGAAACAAGUAGGUACUGAUAAAAAAUUAUAAAAUGACACCCUCCUCCUCCAAGUGUUGUGCAUAAUAUAAAUUAAACAUUCGUUAUUCGUCAAAUUUAUGAAACCGCCACCAGUAAUAUAAAAAAUUAAAUAAUGCAAAACAUAAUAUUGAUAUUAUAUUAAAUGUUGCCGCGUUGAUAUUUGUAAUCAUAUUCUAAUAGUAUAUUUUCGAGGUGUUGAUAAAUAUGGUGAUUUUUUAUAGUGAAUAUGGAAUGGAAUUGUAGAUAUAUGAAAUUUAUAUAAAAAUGGUUCAAAUUCCUACAUUUUUACACUACAAUGUACGUUGUACAUUCGGGUAAUUACGUACGUACUGAAUUUGUUUAGUUCAUUGUGUCAUGAAGAAUUAUAUAAUUAUUUAAUCAUUGGCGUGUUCAAAUUUCUGUGGUUGGGGAAAGAACAUUGUGAAUUACUACUAUGUAGUUUUUGCUAUAUUAUGAAAUUUUUCUCUCGUGGUAAUAUUGUGAUUUAAUAUUGAUACUAUAAAAUAUUUUUAUCCCGAUCUUAAAAUCGUAAACCUAUGUUAUUAUUUAUUACUAACAUUUAACGCUAACAAAUAAUGUUUGUUAGGCGUAUUUAGUGUAAUAAAAAUAAAAAUUAAAAAAAAUCAAGUUAGGAUGCAUAAAGUUAUUUUAUUUAUAUUUGUAAGCAACAAUAAGCCAUUAGAUCGAAAAAAUAAUUUUGAACAAAGAUUAUACAUGUAAUGAAAUGCCGUAAUUUUUACGAUUUUUGUCAAAAUUUGAUCUUAAAACGUUUAUAAAAAGAAUCUGCUAGUUAAAUUACGUCCAAUUUUUUUUACACCGCUUUUUGAAACUUUUAAUAGGUUUUCGUAUUAAAUUGUUCAAGCAUUUCUGUUCGGAGAACAAUUUUAUCACCAUUAAACCAAAUAAUAAAUAACAAGUGUCAAAUUCCUAUACAUGGUUUAAAAAAUCGUUAACACGUCUAUAAAAUCUUAAAAUAAGUAUUCUGUGAAAUUGUCUGGUCUUCACGUUUAAUUUUAACCGAAUUGUAAAAAAAUACAAAAUCGAAAAUAAUGAAACUAUUAAUGCCGAAACUUUCCCAUUUUUCCUACGUUUUUCCACAAUUUUUUAUGAAUACGAUAUUGAAAAGCAAAAAACUACUAAAAACUAGCUAAUAUAGCUAAUACUCAUAAAAGAUUCAAUUACAAUUCAAUUAUUAAAAUUAAUUUUUAAUUUAAUUUAAAUGCAUUCACAUAAUUAUGCUUAGUGGCGGUGUGAACGGGGUUAAAUUGACGCAGCUGCGUCACGAAAAAAAGGGUGGGUGGGUGUUGAAUGUUGAUAGACGGUUAAGUAGGUACAAUAUACUUGAGGUACAAUGUGUAGUACAUGAUGGAAGGUACUUUAUUCUUGAGAUUAAAAUUUAAAAAUCAAGAAAAAUUUUUUUUUAAUAAUUUGUGUUUUUAUAUGAAGGAGGGUGGGUGUUAAAAAAUUUGACUGCGGCAUUGAAAUAAUAAAUUCACACCGCCACUGACUACACUCAAAGUUAUGCAAAUCUAGUUGUUUUGUUUAUUAAUUGAUAUUAGUCGUUAUGCUAUUGUCAUAACUCUUAACCAAUAUUACAAAAUCAUUUUAUCUAUGAAUACAAUCUGAUCAGUUUUGUAAAUUUUGAACUUAAGAAAUUAUUAUGAAAAUUAUAAAGCUCAUAACAAAACUAUAAUUCAAUAUUCAUGGUUUAUAAUAUUUAUAUCGUAAAUUAUUUCACAUAUUUUAACAUUGAUUAUUAAUUAGGUAAUAUUAUUGCAAAUGUGUACACAUUAUGCAAUAAAUUACAGUAGAGUCCCUUUGAUCCGGACUUGAUAGGACCAGACUCUAUCUGAAUUAAAUAGAAUUUCUUACGUUUAACCGAAGUUGUCAUUUUAUGUUGUUUUUAUAAUAAUUGCAGAAUAAAAUAAAGAUUUACUCAUUAAACGGUCUACACGAAUACACAAUAACCACCAAAUAAAACAACAAAUGAACUGAUUAACUGAAACGAGAAACGAUAAUAUAUAAUCAAAACGAUAAAAUCUUAAUAAUCGUGGGUACUUUCCGAAAAACAGGCCACAUGCCAGUAUAGACUUCAUUAGAUAAUUCCAAUUUUGUAUAGGUAACUACAGCUAUGCUAUAAAUAUCUAAUCUAGUACGUUGACAUGAAUCAUUUUUAUAUUAUAAUAUUUAUGUGUGUGCAUAUAUAUAUAUAUAUAUAAGUAUGUACUUAAGUACAAAAUAUAAAUUGUUUUGACUAGCGAUGACCGGAUAAGUGAGACUCUACUAUAGUAGUUCGUGUAAUUGUGUUCAUGUGUCUAAGUAAUUGAUAAAUUGUGUUGAUUCUUUCUGUUUUCUGAAUGAUUUUUUAAUACAUAUUUCAUCUUACGUUUAUAUGUAUUUUACUUAUUUAGAAUAUGAUAUACCUAAAAACAAUUCUUUUAUUUUUAUUGAAAUAUUUGAUUCCAAAUAUAUUUUUUUUUUUUUAAUUAUUAAUUGUAUUUAAUUUUUAUAUUUAAAUUAUCUGUUUAUUUAUUUUAAGGAAGCCAGAAAGGAGUUAGAAGAUUGUGCCCGUGGCAUAGUUAAUAUUACAGAACUAAAAAAUGAGAUUAAUGUAGCAAAACCCAAAGGUGAUAUUGAUAUGGUAUUUAAGAAAUACUGCAAGUAUGUGAUAAUAAAUUGUUUUUUGAAAAACAAAUUUUAAAUUUUAAAAUAAAUAAUUUUACUAGGAAGUCGCCAGAAUUUAAAGAUUGUAUGACAAAUUACACAUCUACUAUUGAUGUAUGCUUAGAUGCCAGUGAAAAGGAUACCGAGCACAUUCUCAUGGUUGUAACUGAAGCUUUGUUAUCAUUUGUGUGCCAUGAUGAGGGUGAUCGAAUAGCAUGUAAGAUUUAUUUAAAACUUAAAAUUGUUUAUACUAAUCAUUGUAUUAAUCAAUCAUUAUUUUUUAAAAAAAAUGUAUUAUUAUUUUAUAACAUUUAUUUUAAAAAUUGCGUUAAUGUUAUCUAUAAUGUAAUUCACAUUUGUUUAGUGUUUUAUUCGGAAGGCGGCCCAGAUUGUUUGAUGGACAAAAAGGAAGCCCUCCAACACUGUCUUAAUAAAUCAUUUAGCAAGUAUACACCCAAUAGUGAACCAUCAGCUAACUUAGCUAACUUGCCGUCAUUCAAAUUUGAAGAAGAGCAAUGCAAGUAAGUAUUAGAAAUAAUAUACAGUUUAUGUAAAUAAUUAUUUAAUUUAUCAUACAAAUUAUUAUUUUGUUUUCUAGGAGUUUAUCCGAACUGCAAGCAUGCGCAGUAGCUGAGUUGACAAAAUGUGGUGAACCUACACCAGCUAAUAUUAUCGGAUCAUUAUUUGACUUUGUACGUCGCUCAACCCCGUGUUCACAGUUCAAGAGUGCUGAAAUCCAAAAAGACUCUGCUGGAAUUUCUCUACAUUCUUCUAUCUCUAUGACAGCAUUAGGUAGUUUGGCAAUACUAUUAGGUCGUAUUGACUUCUACUAACAAGUACAUUUCAGUACUUAUUGAACAAUUUAAAAUGUGGGCACAUUGGCUUAAAUCAAAAUCCUAAAUAUACCAUGACAUAUUAGUGGACCUAAAUUAUCUUUACGAAAGACCAAUAAUUUCGAUCAAUAGAAAUUAUUUGUUAAACUUAAUGUGGGAUAUUUUAUUUAUGAUUUAAAAUUAUUUUAAAUAUUAAAAGAACCAGUUAUUUUAUAGUUAAGAAAAAUAAAAUGCUCAAUAGAUCUUAUUUUAAAAUUUUCAAAAAUAACUUAAAAUAUUAAACUAUUGCAAUUUUUUAUAAUUAUUCUUUAUUUGUGGUUAAUUAUUUAAUUAAAAUUUGUCUUUUUGUUAUGCAAAAAUAUAUCACUGACAAAUCACUUUUUUUGAAAAUAUUUUUGUGUGCCAGUUUUUAAUUUUUAAACAUUAGAUAAUGUUUUUGUAACUAUCCAUUAACUAUUAAUUAGGUGAUUGUAUAAUAACAAACUAUUAUCGUAUUUAAAUUGGUUAUUGUAGUCAAUGUGAUUUAAUAUUUUGGUGUAAGGAUGAAAUAUUAAAAUAUACUUUAUUUUGUAUACACUACUAUGUACACACUAGAAUAUAUUGAUUUUUUUUUUUAUAAUAAUAUAUUAUGUUAUAUAUAUAUAUAUAUAUAUUUAUUUUGUGUGUACAAUUUCUAAAAAAAAUAUCUAUUGUUUAUUAUAUAAUUUAUACAUGCAUUAUAAGGAAUAUUGUAUUAUUACCAAUCUAAAUAGGAUAUUACUGUUUACCAUAUCAUAGUACAUAUUUAUCAAUAUUUAAAUAUUUUGAUAUGUUUGAUAUGUAAAUCAUAUUUAUCUCUGCAUAAUGUAAUGGUUUGUGUUUAUAUACAUAAGUAUAUAAAUAGUAGAAAUUCUAUUAUUUGGUAUAGUAUUUCCAUAAUAAAUAUUAAUGUAACAUACACAAAAAAAUUGUAGAUCUUAAUAAAUUAUACACAUUGGUAAUAUAUAUUUUAUUUCCAUUACCUAUGUUUAUAUUCUUUGUUUAAUAUAUAAAAUCACAUUUAUGUAGUGUUUUUUUGUUAUUAUAAUUCACUGCUAAGUAUAGAUCAUGUCAGUAGGCAUUUUUAAUAAAGUAACCUAUAUAGGCAAUUACAAAAAAGUAACAAAUAAUGUAAUUAUAAAUAACUACUUUCUUUGGAAAUUCACUACUGAUAUGUUGCAAUUAAUUUAAUGUGAUUAGACUUAUUUUAAUGAAUCCACAAAUUAAAAGUUGUACAUAAUAAUUUGUUUACACAAUAUAGAGUAUACUACACAGUUGUGUAAAAUAUUUAAAACAAUGAUAAAAAAAAAAAAAAACAUACUGCCUAUGAAAAUUAAAAAAUAAUGUAAUUUGUAUAAAAAUUUAUAAAAAUAGUGUAAAAUAACUAAAAACAGAAAAAACUCCCUUAAAUGGUAAAAAAUUACUCAUACAUAAUAUAUUGGUAUUAAAAUGUAAAACGUCCUGUGUAAUGAAUAUUGAGUGUGUAUACUUAUAUCAGAAAGAAAAAUGAUCAUAAAUUAUACUCAAAUUAAUUUUGUAUUAGUUAUUAUAUAAUUAAUAAUUUUAGAUAUAAUUGUUCAUGUAUUAUAACUAGGGAACAGAUUUAAGUGUACUUAAAAAAUAUUUAAAAGAGCAAUAAUAGUAAAAGGGUGUAAAAGUCUCCCCUUGUAAUGGUAUAUUUAACAAUAUAAAAAUGAUUAUCAGUUAUUACUAAGUGAAUUUUCAAAUAAAUUUGUGCGUGUUAUUAAAAAGAAAAAAAAAUACUUUGUGUUAAUCAUUUGUAAGUAUUUGACAAUUGUUUAUUAUAGGGUAAGAACCAUUAUAGGAGGACUUAAACCUCUUUAACACUUGCUUUUUUAAAUAUUUUUUAAGUGCAUAUAAAUUUAUUCCUUUAUUAUAACUUUUAUUUAAAACUUAACACAAAAAAAAUUAAAAUAAACUAGCUGUAAAUAUACGUAUUUAAUCUCUAAAGAAGUAUAGAGUACUAGAGUAGAAAUCGAUAUGCUUUAAGUAUACAAAUUAACUUUUCAACAUUAUUGAUAGGUAUCAAACAAAUUAUAAAAAUUGUUUUUAUCAUUAAUUAUUUUGAAAUAAAUUUACGCAGAAAUUAUAGUUAAUAAUUUAUGCUUAGUACUGAGAAGAAAAAUGUGCAAGUCUUGGGGUACCUUCAUUUUCCACUACCCAUACGUCGCCAGACUUACCGGUUUUCAUAACAUGAAAUAAUGCAGUUUUAACAUAUUCAGUGCUGAAAUUAAAAAUGGGUAAAUUUCAAAUGCUUUU